AAGAUCUACGGAGUCAGAUUCUGGUCCCUGGCUCUGCACCGAGUUCCCUAGGAGUCUCCUUUAGCCUCCCUGCUUCGGAGCGUGAGACUAAAAGCAUCCUGACCGAGGGAGGGCCAGCCUCUAAGCAUCUUAUCCAGAGAUCUCUGAGUUCUGAUCUUGAAGUACGAGGCCCCCAAGGAAGUUCGUUUCUCACCUCCUAGAAGGCGGGGUGCCGCGGUUCGGGAAGCAUGACGACCGAGACCUUCGUGAAGGAUAUCAAGCCCGGGCUCAAGAACCUGAACCUCAUCUUCAUUGUACUGGAGACAGGCCGAGUGACUAAGACCAAGGACGGGCACGAGGUUCGGACCUGUAAAGUAGCAGACAAAACGGGCAGCAUCAAUAUCUCGGUGUGGGACGAUGUGGGCAACCUAAUCCAGCCUGGCGACAUUAUCCGACUCACCAAAGGGUAUGCUUCCGUUUUCAAGGGUUGCCUGACACUAUACACCGGCCGUGGGGGCGAUCUGCAGAAGAUUGGCGAAUUCUGCAUGGUUUAUUCCGAAGUUCCUAAUUUCAGUGAGCCCAGUCCAGAAUAUAACACUCAGCAGGCGCCCAACAAAUCGGUGCAGAACGACAGUGGCCCUGCUGCCCCUCCAGCUACCACAGGACCCCCUGCUGCCUCUCCAGCUUCUGAGAGCCAGAAUGGGAAUGGACUGAGCACCCCACCAGGCCCUGGUGGCGGCCCCCACCCCUCUCACACUCCCUCACAUCCUCCCAGCACCCGAAUCACUCGAAGCCAACCCAACCACACACCUUCUGGCCUUCCCGGCCCCUCCAGCAACCCUGUCAGCAAUGGCAAAGAAACCCGCAGGAGCAGCAAGAGAUAGCAAGAAAUGAGCUCUCUCCUUCCACUACGACCACGACCCACGCGUCUCUGACAGAGAACAAGACAGUCUUCUACUGGGCUGCUGGCUUUGAGACUGGAGGGUGGAGUCGAUUGUACUUCAGCCACUACGUUUCUCUGAGGGGUGCUGAGCAGUGGCCUUGUACACCUCAAGCUCAUGCCUUCAUUGUCCUGCUGAUGCUGCCUGUCCCCUGGGAUCCAGGGCCCUCUGCCUGCCCUCCUUCCUCUGGAAAAGACAGUCUGCUUUUUUGUGUGGGAUAUGAGGGUCUAACUGAAAACCCUCCUUCCUAAUAAAUGCACCCACUCUCU